GGCGGCUCUUCACCAUGGCAAGGUCGACGGCGGUGGUCGCGGUGGUGGGAGCCAUCGCAACGAUUGCUGUGAUGUUGGUGAAGAAUGGCAGCAAGGAGAGGGUCGAGUUGUUAGAAAGGACAAACAUUCGAUCUCCUCAAUAUUAUCUCAAGCAAGCUGCGGAGGACAGGAGUCAACCCUAUGAGCUCGCGAAGAAAGGCAGAAUACAAUCUUUAGCGAAUUGGCAGUCCGGCGCACUCGCAGGAACAGCAAACUUGGUGGAGGAAUGCUCUCAUGGAAACAACGACGCAUGUAACGAGCUUGCUGCCAAUCCAGCAGCUAUGCACGCUCUGCAAGGAAUCGACGAUAGCAACCCUAAGGGAUUUUCGGCCAGGCACCCUCGCUCGGCUUCAAACCUUCGAGCUAAGGUCAACAAGGACUUCAAGCGGACAAGACGAGUUUCUCCGAGAUUUCAAUCGCAAGCUCGGGUGCCUGAGCCACUGUCGUACUAUGGGAAAAAUCUUGUACCUGCGCAACUCAAGAACUACAAGACGUCAAAAUCUACCAAGAACGAGUGGGAUACUCCAGCCUGGAAGAAGGGAUCCCUGACUAAUCCACGGAACUCUGCGUGGCUGAAGGCUUGUGGGGAGGGAAAUUUUUAUGCCUGCAAGCACAUCUCUUCCUUCGACGAUUCCAUCCACGACCUCUUGCAUCCGAGACACAAGUACAACUUCAUGCGCCACAA